UAGCGCUUGUUGGGAGGCAACCCAACGUAGGUUCGUUUUCUUUUACUUAUUUUCGUUUUUGAGUGUCGAGUGAAGAGUUCUAGUGGUUGAGUGGUAUCCCCGUGCCACGUUUUGUGGUUGUGCAUUUUGAGGUUGUGUCGUGAUCGAUAGAAGGCACAGUGGAUUAGUUCAAGUAAAAAAAAUUCAGAACUGCCCUGUUUUAAAUGAUGUUCACGGACAGAUUGCCAAGUUCACGGUCUUACAAGAGCGUGAAAAGGCAAAUGCGUCCGUGAACAGGGCACUUCAACGAGCGUGCUAGUUGUCGACCACCCACAAUUCAUGACUGCAUUGUUGUGUUCACGGUCUUAACGAUCGUGAACUAGCAAACGCAUCCUUGAACUGCUAGCGUCGUCUAUAAAAGGGGCGUGAACGUUGACCCUUCACUUCACGACCCAAAACUCGCCGGAAAAUUCAAAUCACGCCGGAAAAUCGCGAAUCUUCAAUGGUUUUCAGUCCAUUUCACCCACUUCCGGCUAGCAAAACCCAAAACAAACCUCAAACCCAUUCUUCCCUCAUCAAAGGCGGCCUUCGCCUUGAUUUUGGGUAGAUUUGGAGCAAAAUUUUCUAGCAAAGUCGCCGUCGGAGAGCCUCCAAAGAGAGUCUGGCGAGCUUCUGACGAAGCUCUGGCGAUCCUUCUCCGGGCUGUUUUAAGCCGUUUUCCGCCUUCCUCGCCCUCACCUCACUUCCUCCUACGUCCUACUUGUGUCUCCAGGUUGGUUUUUCAGCUCUACCUUAUUGAUUUUGGGAGAAUCGGAUUAGGUAGGGAAGUGAGGAGAAUCUUAGUGCCUUGAAUGUUGAACUUAGAAUUAGGGCGAGGAAUUAGGUGAACUAGGAUGAUUGAAUGGAUGAAAGACUUUGCAUGAGCUUAGUUGAGCCUUGGUGGGCAUUUGUUGAUUCAAAUCGCUUUUAUUUGUUGAUUUUGCCCCCCAAGUGCUAUUUUGUGAUGAAUGUGCAUUGUUAUGCUUGAAUGGUGGAUGGUAGCCACCGUGGCAUUGGUUGGGGUUCAAAUGUUUGUGUAGUUGAACCAUGAAAUACCCACAACCAUGCCACGAUGUGUUGAGCUUAAAUGUUUGAAAUCCAUAAUGGAGAUAUAAGUGUGGAGGAAUUUCUUUUUCCUCGCAAUGAGUUGUGCUUAACAAAUGUUUCCACGUACGGUGUUUGUUUGCAAAAUUUUGUAGGAUGCUUAACGAGGAGCACGAGUUCAUCAGUUACUUGGUGAGCCAUGCACGGUUUGGCGACAAGUUCGCCUACCAGAGAGAUAGCCCGGUCGGGCCACAUUGGCGGCUGGACCUGGACAUGUUUAACAUGUUCAGGUUCUGAGGCGCAAUGUCAGGGGUCGUUUGUCACCCCUAGUGGCCCCUGCUGCUCACCAUUGACGAGCUCAUAUACCACGAGCUAUGCGUGGAGUUCUACUCCACGUUCGCCCAUGUAGUCCCGACCGGCAAGAAGAGCCGGCCUUAUGUGGAGUUCAUUUGGGGGGGUCAGUCCGAGUGCUGACCUAUGACGCUUUAGCCCAGGACAUGGGGCUUGACCCGACUCACAUGACGAUGACGGAGCGGCAAUACACCAUCGAAUUCCAUUAUCAGGUUGCAUGUCGAGCCCUCUGCCACCCCGAGCACGAGAACAAGUAGUACGAGGCAAGUUGCACCAAUGCAGUGAAGCUGAGGACUCCCUGGAGGAUCCUCCACACCCUGCUCACCCAUUCGGUCGUCCCCAGCCUGCAGUGGGGACAUCUAAUGACGAACAGAGGGCUUCAGGCUCUCUUCUCUAUGAGGCAUCCUGCGGAGCCAAUCCAUCUGGGAUCACUGAUAGCCACCUCUUUUGCCCGGUGUCUGGGGGUAUCAUCACGAGGAUUUCCCACCACUUCGGAGUGGAUGUGAAGCGAAGCUCCAUCAUUGGGAGGACCGAGCCCUCCCUAACGCAACUACCUGCUCGAGCUCCCAGCCGUCGAUGGCGUCUAGUGCUCCGAUGCACUAUACCACCACCUGCAGCAGCUUCAUCAUCCAGAGCAGCCGGUGAUCCCCUCGUCCAGAGGAUGGAUCGCCUCGAGACCCAUGUUGUGGGAGUGACUUCUUGCCUCGACCGACAGACUGACCUCCUUGAGAAGAUGGCUCGACGCUAGGGUCUCAUUCCAGAUGAUGAGCCAGGGCCUUCGACCCAGUGAGAGGUAGCCGACGAUGGCGAUAUGUGGCAGAACCGAUUCCUUUCGCCCCCACUAUUCCACUUGGAACUCUGAACUUUUUUGUUUUAUUUUUCUUUCUUUUAUUUGGUGUGUGUGAUCAUAAACUACUACUAUCGUAUUGUGAUGUGUAAUAACCUCUCCUCGAGCGAGUCGUAAUAACCUCACCAAUUCCAACUAUCACUCACCAAGAAAAGCGGUAACACUUGUUCCACCUUAGGUCACCCAAUUCGCCAUUACACUGUCCACGUUCCCGCUCCAGAACGCCAAAACGCAAAUUUUGGGGAGUUCACGAAAAAUUCACGAACUACAUUUGGGGGAGCGCGUAUUGGGAUUUUGGUAGUGCGAUUUCUCCUCGAACCUAGAAGACUAACGUCGCCAGAAGUCCAGAACAACGAAUUUCAUCACCAGCUCUUGCUUCAUCACUCCAUCAACGCCACUCCGAACCCACUCUCCACCAUCCAUAUGCAGCUCCUGCUCAUGCAAUUACAAAUUAUACAUCCAAUCGAGGAUCCAAGAUUAAUCCUCUUAGAUCUGCAGCAAUUAAAUCGAAAAGUGGGAAUCAUAAGCUUCAAAAAAUUAUAGGAGAAGAGGGCGGAUGCGGCUUCGAGGAAGACGAAGAAAGGUACAGUCUCGUCGCGAGAGAGAGAGAGAGAGAGAGUAGUUGUACCCAUUGAAUGAUUGAUGCAAUUCUCUUCUUUUCCUUCUAAAUCGAUCUCUCACUCGCAAAUUGAAGGAGGGGAACAUGAAAGAACGAGCCAGGAGAUGAAUAUGUGGUCAACCAAAGAUUGGAAACAGAGGAAGAAAAUUUUGGUGAAUGGUCUUUGCUUGGAGCGAAAAGAAGUAUGCCAGUAGAUAAACUCUUUCUGAAACAAGACGGAUAGAUAAGGGAUAUGUGGUGGAGUGGUGGUUGAGCUGUUUGCGUGAAAAGAGAAAGGAUUAUAGUUUUUACUUUUUAAUUAAUUGGAUUCCACUCUUAAAUUUGUAAUUUCUAAAACCACUUUUUGGAAAAAAAAAUUAAUUUAUUAGGCUUAUGCUAAUUUAGUAAACCUAACACCGUCUUUAACAGUUGUUAUAUUUAUAUAAUAUUUAAUUGAAUUUUGUUAAAAAGUUAACCUAGUAAACAAAUUUGAUAUUA